CAUAGGCAACUUCAUUCAUCAAGCAAACUUUGAUAUAGAAGGCUGCUGUUUUCCUCAAGGAUUACGGACAUGGCAACUCCCACAUUUAAGCUGAUUGUAGUUGGUGAUGGUGGCGUUGGAAAAACCACUUUUGUGAAACGUCAUUUGACAGGCGAGUUUGAAAAGAAGUAUAUCGCUACUGUUGGUGCAGAAGUUCAUCCAAUGAAAUUCAACACAAAUCGUGGAGAAAUUAAGUUCAAUGUGUGGGAUACAGCAGGCCAGGAGAAAUAUGGACGCCUGAGGGAUGGCUACUACAUACAAGGACAGUGUGCUAUCAUUAUGUUCGACGUAACAUCACGCAUUACAUACAGGAAUGUACCAGACUGGUACAGAGACCUUUCUCGAGUCUGUGUUAAUGUUCCCAUGGUGCUAUGUGGCAACAAGGUGGAUGUGAAGGAUCGCAAAAUUCCAGCAAAGCUUAUCAAGUUUCACAGAAAACAUAACCUACAGUAUUAUGACAUGAGUGCCAAGAGUAACUAUAACUAUGAGAAACCAUUUUUGUGGCUGGCUCGACAACUUGUUGGUGAUCCUCAGCUGUAUUUUGUGGCCUGUUGUGCAGGCCUGUUACCACCAUCAAUAAUCAUGGACAAAGCUCAAAUUGCUCAGAUGGAGAAGGAAUUGGAAGAGGCCAAGAACGUCUCGCUUCCAGAUGAUGAUGACGAGCUUUAAAAUCCUCUCAACAAUAUCAAUAAUACAUGAUAAAUGCAUCAUGGCUGGACAUAUAUUUCAAUUGGAAGUUUUCAUGCAUGUGUGUUGAAACUUACACAGAAAAAUUAACAAUUGGUCAGAAGAAAAUUACAUGUGAUAAAAAUCUGUGUUAUUUGCAAUUUUAAUGGAAAUUUAUGUUUAAAGUUAGUAAAGCAUUUUUUCAUCUUUUAAACCUUAAAUAUCAUUA